AUGAGACGACUUGCAGUGCGUGUCUGCUUGUCGUGGGUGGUGCUCUUGUUUCUCGCAAGCACGCUGCUGACGACACUCACACCUCGCACUGUUGGGGUGGUGGUGAAUGCUGCUGAGGACGGCGGUGGGGAUGGCGGCGACCCAUUUGUCAGCGUGGACAGCAACGGAGACCUGCGUGUGGACGCCGGCACUUCCGGCAACCUGGUGCUUGUCAGCCAUCAUGACAUUGUGCUGAACACCACCAACAACAACAACAGCAGCAGCAGCAGCAGCAGUAGCAGCAGCAGCAGCAGCGGAGGAGGAGGAGGAGGAGGAGUGUGGAUCAACGGCAUCAACGUGCUGCAGGACCUGAAGCACCUCCGCCAACUCGCAACCACAUGCAACGCAACAGCACCAUCAUCGUCCUCACCGCCGGCACCGCCGGCACCGCCAUCACCGCCGCCAACGCCCAUGGUCUUGGACUGUGCGUCAUCGGCAUCGCGCGCUGCGGUGCGCGCCCAGAGCCAGCCCAUCAUCGCCCAGGUCAUCAACUGCUGCUGCGAGGAGUUCCUCGCUCUCGACGACGUUGACGGGCCCGUGAGCGUCUCCAGCACUCAGACGUCGCUGUCCUUCGGCACCAUCCAGAGGAUCGGCGGGGAUGUGCUGGCCACCAGCGGCAGCCUGACCAUGGUGGACUUCAGCAAGGUGACGUUUGUGGCGGGCGCCGUGGACCUUCGCGGCAACUCCAUCUCCUCCAUCUCCUUUGGCGGUCUCUUGCGCAUCGGCGGCUACCUGGAUGCCAGCGUGAACAAUCUGGAGAUGCUGGACUUUGGUCGCAUCACGCGUGUCGGCCGCCACAUCACCCUGCGCGAUAACGACCUCACAGCCGUCAACUUUGCCGGGCUGAUGCGCAUCGGCGGCAUGCUCAGCAUGGAGCAGAACAUGCUGCAGUCCGUGCACUUCCGCCGCCUCUCCAGCAUUCCAGGAGCAUUGGACCUGUCGCAGAAUCCCCCGCUCACAGCUGUGGACUUUGGCGGCAUCACCGCCAUCAGCGACAACCUGCUCCUCUACAGCACGGGCUUGCAGUCGCUCAACAUGGCGAACGUGACGGUGAUUGGGGGCUUGGCCCUCAUCUUCAGCAACGCCAUCACCGCAGUUGACUUUGCCUCCUUGACGCGUGUUGGCAACUCACUCCAACUGUACAACAACAACAUCAUGGGCACGCUCGAUUUCCACAAUCUGCGGGCGGUGGGCGCACGCGUGCACCUCUCGGGCAACUCGGGCCUCAUCACCGUCCAGUGCCGCAAUGUCCAGGCAGAAUGCAUUGAUGUGCCCAGCUUCCAGAACCUCCUCACCUGCCCAACCAGGUGCUGACUGUGUUGUGUUUUGUGUGUGUGUUUGUGUGUGUGUGUGUGUGUGUGU